AUUUGUGAACAUAAAAAACCGGACCAAAUUCUUCAUCCCCUGUCAAGCGAGCAAAAAGACUUCAAAGAGACAAGUGAAGUUCUGUUGCGGCAGCUGCGUUCCACUUCUAACCCGCAAAUCACCAGACCCGACUCCUGGAUCUCUGCCAUAGCUCAUAUCUCCGAGCUUCAGCUGUCAUGACCUUCACUUUUGAUUGACUCAUGGAAAUGUCGGCCUCGUUCGCCUCAUCAGAGCAGCCUCGAGUGGGAACAUCUAAUGCGGUAUUCAAAAGUGGGCCACUAUUCAUCUCUUCAAAAGGACUAGGUUGGAAGUCUUGGAAAAAGCGUUGGUUUAUUCUUACACGCACAUCUUUGGUUUUCUUCAAAAAUGACCCUAGUACCCUUCCACAACCCCGUGGCGAAGUUAAUCUGACUUUGGGAGGCAUAGACUUAAAUAAUUCUGGAAGUGUGGUUGUUAGAGAUGAUAAAAAACUGCUAACUGUACUCUUCCCUGAUGGACGUGAUGGUCGGGCAUUCACUCUUAAGGCUGAAACAUCAGAAGAUUUGUAUGAGUGGAAGACUGCUCUUGAGCAUGCUCUUGCUCAAGCGCCCAAUGCUGCACUUGUGAUGGGACACAAUGGCAUUUUUCAAAGUGAGAAUGGCGAUUCAGUGGAGGGGUCUUUCCAUCAUUGGAGGGAUAAGCGUCAUGUUAAGUCUUUGGUUGUUGGACGGCCAAUUUUGCUUGCUCUAGAAGACAUAGAUGGUGGCCCAUCCUUCCUUGAAAAGGCACUUAAAUUUCUUGAGAAUCAUGGAACAAAAGUUGAAGGGAUAUUGCGACAAUCUGCCGAUGUAGAGGAAGUAGAGCAGAGGGUAAAAGCCUAUGAGCAAGGUAAGACUGAAUUUGGUUCAGAUGAGGAUGCCCAUGUAAUUGGUGACUGUGUGAAGCAUGUACUGCGCGAGUUGCCAUCAUCUCCUGUGCCUGCAUCUUGCUGCACUGCAUUGUUGGAGGCAUACAAAAUUGAUAGGAAGGAAGCGCGGUUGAAUGCUAUUCGCUCUGCAAUAGUUGAGACAUUUCCUGAACCCAACCGGCGGUUACUACAGAGAAUUGUGAAGAUGAUGUACACAAUUUCUUCACAUGCUUCUGAGAAUAGGAUGAAUUCAUCCGCUGUAGCUGCAUGUAUGGCACCAUUGCUUUUGCGGCCUCUAUUAGCCGGUGAAUGUGAGUUGGAGGAUGAUUUUGAUUCCAAUGGUGACAACUCGGCACAGAUUCUUGCUGCUGCUAAUGCUGCUAAUAAUGCUCAAGCUAUCAUUACAACACUCUUGGAGGAGUACGAGAAUAUUUUCGAUGAGGAUAAUCUACAUCGAUGCUCUAUUUCAGCGGAUUCACGCAUUGGAAACAGUGGCAGCGAAGAUUCGAGUGAUGAGGAGAGUUUGGAGGUGAAAGGCAUUGGUUAUCAUGAUGCUGAAAAUGAGGCCUUGCAAGAAUCAGAUGAUGAUCAUGAUCGUGUACUUGGUGGAAAGCUAAGUGACAGCAGCAGCUCUGCUGCCAGUGAUCUUUAUGAUUACAAGGCCUUUGGAGGUGAUGAUUCAGAUUUUGACUCUCCAAGGAACAAUCAAGCGGCUGGAAUUGAGUUUAAACCAACUGCAGACUCUCAGCCGGCUACAGAUUCAAACAUUUUAUUUAGUGAACAGCUGGGCGGCCUAGACCGACAUAAAAGGACAUCUGAAUGUGGGAGGGCUACUCCUUCUGAAUCAACAAAUAAUGGAUCUCAGCGGUCUAUGGGUGAAAUACUUUCAUCUAUGGAUCAAGGGCUAUUUCAUCCUUCCUCUGGGAAAAAUUCACCCAUUGGGAGGUCCUCCAGUAAAUUAACUUCCCCCCAUCUCAAUGUCAAAAGAUCAUCAUUCUGGGGCCGAAACAGUGCAAGAAAGACUCCAUCAGUGGAGUCAGUUGAUUCUUCUGGAGAAGAAGAGCUUGCUAUACAGAGACUUGAGACUACUAAAAAUGACUUGCGUCAUAGAAUUGCGAAAGAGGCAAGAGGGAAUGCAAUUCUGCAGGCUAGUCUUGAGAGAAGAAAACAAGCAUUGCAUGAACGACGAUUGGCACUGGAACAAGAUGUUGCAAGAUUACAAGAACAGCUACAAGCUGAGAGGGACUUGAGGGCUGCUCUGGAAGUUGGAUUGAGCAUGUCUCCUGGGCAGUUAUCAGGUUCUCGCGGUAUGGAUUCUAAGACAAGGGCUGAGCUUGAAGAGAUAGCACUUGCUGAGGCUGAUGUGGCUAGACUAAAGCAGAAAGUUGCCGAGUUACACCAUCAACUUAAUCAGCAGCGCCAAAAUCACUUUGAUCCUCUAGCUGAUGCUUCUGAUCGUUUUCAACAUGCCCAAAACGAUAGCCCUCAAAUGAAAUACUUUCAGCAAGAUUUUGACACAACCCUUGCUUUCUGUAAUCAUGAAAGGAAACAAAGGACUGAGGAACAAUUUGGUUCGGAACUGAGGAACAUCAAAGGACAAGCUCUGACACCUGGCAACACUAGCAGGCAGGCAGCUAACAAACAUUCAUUGGAGUCCACGAGCUUGAGUGAUUCUAAGAGUGCUGAAGCAUCAACCAGUUUAUCCGUGGAUGAAUUCGGUGUUGUUGUCGACUCCGUCUCUCUGCCAAGGGUCACUGAGGGAUUGGGUUAUGGUCAGCAUCCUCCUCCAGUAAUUGCAUCUUCAACCUUGGUGGAGUUGACCACACGAUUGGAUUUCUUCAAAGAAAGACGUUCUCAGCUGAUGGAGCAGUUGCACAACCUUGACCUAAAUUACGGGUCAGCUCCACAAGAUUUCAUGUACAAACCACCAUCUUCAUCUCCACCGUGGAACUGAUCAACGGACCAAAGGCAGGGAGGAUACUUGACAGCAUGAGCAAAAUGUUACGGGAUCUUACCAUUUGUACAUUCUUUUUUAAUUACUACUGCUGCAAAUGCAUAUUCUGAUAUUCCCACGAUGUAUUUUUUUGGGAUGCCAUUUUUUUCUUUCUAACUGUUCUCUGAAAUAGAGUGCUCGGUUUGUUCAUCAAUAUUAUGAGUUCUGUGCACUCUAUUGCUGUUGUAAGCAUCAUCUUGGCUAUUGUGUAAUAUAUGGUUAUAGGGAGAGGUUGAAUAGAGUUGUGUUUUGUUCUUUUGUUGCCAUUAUUUCUUUUUGGCGUUGAA